CCUAGUUUAUAUACUUGAGCACUUCACUUCUAUAGACGGAUAUCUUUAGUUAAUAAGUUAUUGAUAACGGAUAAAUCUACUUCAAUAGUUUAAAUUUGAUUGUUUAUUGUUUGUAACAUUACUGUGAUUUUUAAAUUGAAUUCGAUCACCAUUGUGACCGUAAAUGUAGGCAGCUGUUACGAUAUUCACAGUUAACGAGUAUUCAUGUUACUUUCGAUUUCCUAUACUGCAAAGAGGGAUGGGCAGUAGUGGUAGUAAACCAGAGAAAACUAAGGAAAAGAAAAAAGGGAUAACUCCUUCAAAUUCAAAUCAAGAGGACGACAACGAGUCUGAAGGACCUGAAAUGGCGCAGCAAAAUGACAAUGCAGUUAUGCCUGCUCCUGAAUCACUUGAGGAUAACAUGCAAAAAGUUAGUGACGCUAAUGAUGCAGGUAUAGAUAGUCUUGCUGAUAAAAAGAGUUGUGAGGACAUACCUAAAAAUACAAACAAUGCUAAAGAUGAUAAUCACACCUCUCGGUCGGGAAGAAACUCGUCUGCAAAUGAUGAUGAUGCUCAUAAGACAGAUACUGUGACACAUGCCCCACCAGAAGUACCAACGCACGCCACUACCAAAGAAAUUCCAUCCGUACCCGAAGGAAAUUCGAAAAUUGACGCAAACAAUGGUGAUGAUGGGGGAACAAAACAAGUUACUAAUGGCAGUAUUGAUAAUAAAAAUACACCCGUAACCGAAGAACAAACAGUAGAGGAAAAAAACAGUAAUGAAGAUGUGAAAACAAAAGAAGAUAGUAAUGAGAAUCACCAGAAAAAGCGCCCAUCCGACCUUAAAGAACAAACGGAAAACAACUCGGACAAUGAUAAAGUUGAUAAAUCAAAACAAGAAAAAAAUGGCAAUGCUCAGAAUGAGAGUCAACCCGCACUCAAAGAACAAACGGAACAUAAAGUUGAUGAAUCAAAUCAAGAUAAUAAUGACAAUUUUCAAAAUGGAAGCCCAACGGGAGCAAAUGAGAAAAAGGAUACCAACUCUAACAAGAAGGGUAAAGAUGAUAAGGUGGGAGGGAAGACGAAAACCACUUCAAAGUCAAAGAAGAAAACGAAGGAUACGUCUUCAGGUUUCAACAAAAACCAGACUGUCAAUAUAGCACAGCCGCCCAGGGAGGAACCAAAGCUGAACGUUGAAUUCUACAGCAACAAUAUAGCCUCCAAGCCAUAUCCAGGAAGCACGAUAGAAGACAUGUUGGAAUGGAAAGGGGACUAUAAGCGUCUGGAGAGUGGACAUUCAUACAUACAGUGGUUAUUCCCCAUACCAGAAGGUCCAGGUCUCAAUUAUCACGCACAAGCUUUAUCCGAGGAGGAGGCAAAGAUAAUCCGCAACGAUGACACGAUGCGGGACAGAGUAUUGCAAGCAUACAAGAUGAUGCUGGACUUUUACGGUAUGGAACUUGAGGACGUCAAUUCCGGUAAAGUGCGAAGGUGCGAGACCAAUUGGAAAGAACGUUUCGAACACCUUAACAGGUCUUAUCACAACUACAUGCGGAUUACUCGGAUCAUUAAGUCUCUCGGGGAGCUGGGAUUUGAACAUUUGCAGCGCGGACUUGUUCGUUUUAUUAUCACCGAAGCAGUGGUCACAAAGGAGUUAAAUAGGAUGAAUGGUGACUCUGUCAAUUUCUGGAUACAAGCGAUAAAAGAUGAACAUGAUCAGAGUGAUAUGUACAUGUAUUGGCAAGAGACGUGUGAAAAUCCGGAAAGUUUUAAUAAGCAUGGUGAAAGGAAGAAUACUAACGAAAAAGCGGAUGAGGACAAUGGCGAUAACUGUGGUGAUCAGAGUGGUGAUAAAUCUGAUGUGGAGGAGAGAAAGGAUGGUGGCAAGAAUGAUGUCUUUGAUAUGAAGUCCGAUGAAAACACCAAAGAAAUAGAAACAGGAGAAGAGAAGAAAACCUGUGGUGAAAUCGAUAAUGGAACUAAUGAUGAUAAUAAGGAGCUAAACGUGAAUGAAGGUGGUAACGAUGCAGCAGUAGAUGAGAACGGGAAAAAAGACGAUAGAACAAUGCGUGACGAUCGAAAUUGUAAUAAAUCUGAUAUGGAAGGGGAAAUGAGUGGUAGCAAGAAUAUUGUCUCUAGUGAGAAGGUUGAUGCAAAAGCGGGAAAAACUAAUCAAGCGGAGGGGAAGACAAUCUGCAGUGAUAAGGAUGAUGAAACUAAUAAUGAUGGUAAGAAGCUACAAGUGAAUAAAGGUGGUAAAGAUGGUGCAGUGGAUGAUACCGCGAUGAGAGACGAUAGUGAUAUCAGUGGUGAUCGGAAUGGUGAUAAAUCUGAUAUGGAGGAGGGAAUGAACGAUGAAAAGAAUAAGGUAUCUGAAGAAGAGAGUGUUGCAAAUGCCGCCGAAAAAGAUCAAGCGGAGGGGAAGACAAUCUGCAGUGAUAAGGAUGAUAAAACUAAUAAUGAUGGUAAGAAGCUACAAGUGAAUAAAGGUGGUAAAGAUGGUGCAGUGGAUGAGAACGCGAAGAGAGACGAUAGUGAUAUCAGUGGUGAUCGGAAUGGUGAUAAAUCUGAUAUGGAGGAGGGAAUGAACGAUGGAAAGAAUAAGGUAUCUGAAGAAGAGAGUGUUGCAAAUGCCGCCGAAAAAGAUCAAGCAGAGGGAACGAAAAGUUGCAGUGAUGUUGAUGGUGGAUCUAAUAAUGAUAGUAAUGAGCUUAAUGUGAAUGAAGUUGGUAAAGAUGGGGCUGAAGAUGAGCACAAAGCAGUAAAUAAAAGUGAUACACGUGAUGGAUCAAUUGUCAAAAGUGGGAAAGAAAUUCCGGACACGCCAAGUGAGGCAACUGGUGACCUUAACGGUGAAGGGGAUGAGGAAGACAGAACGAAGCCAUACAUGGUGACAGCAUUAUGAACAUGUCAAUAGAUUUAUAUUGAUAUCAACCUAGUCUAUUGUAUAGGGGGAUAUUGGUGUACAGACUGUAUGAACUGCAAUGGGAUUAUGUUAUCAUUUUGUAAUAUUUCGGUGUAGGAUUACAUAUCAUACCAUCGCUUUCACGAAAUAACAUUAAGUAAUAUUAAUACUAUUUGGCAGAAGAAUAUUUGUCGGUCAGUUUAGGGAGAGAUUUUGAAAGUAAAAUUAUCAGUUUUAUGCAAAUCUGAUUUCUGGCACUCCCGAAAUUCUUGAUAUGCGAUAUUUAUUAUUUUGUGCGUUCGUUGGCAAUAAUAACCAUCAGUAACAGUUGUUAUAUCUAUGAGUCUGAAAGUUAAUGUGAUUACAGAAAUGUUAUGAGAGCACUAACUAUAUGAACACAAAUAUCAGUGGUUUUGUAUUUUUAAACUUAUACAAAUUAAAAAGGCAUUUCGUAAAUACACGUUACUGUUGUUUGUUUAUCAGUUUACAACAUAAAUAUCGUCUCCUCUUCGUAUGUCCAAAAUAUAAUAAUUUACGAAAAUAUUAUCUUAAACCAUAGAUUUGCCAUCGGCCCUAAAAACAAAAUAUCAUAACACAGCGGGAAAAACUGUUCAAAAUGUUAGUAUUUUUUCAUUCCAUGCAUUUUUUAUUGCGAUCGAGAACUUAAUAAUGUUAAGAAUACUUUGAUACUGAAUAGUCUACUUCUCGAUUGACUGUGUAUUUGCUCUUCACGAUGAUUUGCAUAUGAUUUGUUUCAUAGUUUAUGUUGUGUCCCAUGGCUAUGAAUGUCGUAACAUUUAAUGUUGUUUCAAUGGUAUGUUCGUUUGGUAUUUGUGCUUACGAUUUUUAUACAGUUUUUUGUGGUGAUAAAAAUUUAAUUUGCUUGCAUUUUGUGUGUAUGUCUUAGCCUUUUUGCUUAUUGAAUUUUCUAUAGGUUAUAUGUUCAGCUCGUCUGGUGCAGAUCAAAUAGCCUUUCAGCUUAUUGAAUUUUCUAUAGGUUAUAUGUUCAGCUCGUCUGGUGCAGAUCAAAUAGCCUUUCAGCUUAUUGAAUUUUCUAUAGGUUAUAUGUUCAGCUCGUCUGGUGCAGAUCAAAUAGCCUUUUUGCUUAUUGAAUUUUCUAUAGGUUAUAUGUUCAGCUCGUCUGGUGCAGAUCAAAUGAGUUUAAUUGUACAUGCCACUUAAUACAUUUUUACUUAAUUCUGUUUAACGGAGGUGGGAGAAAAAGCAUCUACCAUAGCCGUUCGUGUAAGAUAGGUUCAUCCCGACCCUCGCUUAGGGUGUUUUGCGGAACACCCUAUGCGAGGGUCGGAAUAAACCUAUCUUUCACUCUCGGCCAUGGAAGAUACUUAUAGUCUCUAAUGCAUAGUUGUUAGGGCUUUUGCCUCGUGCCUCUAAACAGGUUUCUAUUUUUUGGAAUUCGUUAUUACUGGUAUCUGUCCUUGUAGUUUUAAUUAUAUUAGUGAUGACAUGACAAUGCUCGCUAUAUUAGUGUAAACAAAAUGCCUUUUCUGUUGUUUUUUCCGUUUUAAUCAUGAUAAGCAUUUGCACUGAGCUGUUGUUGACAGAAAAAACAUAAUAAUUAUUUCGAUACGUUUUCUUUUAUUAUAAACGAAUUUCCUAACCCUUAAGCUGCUGAUGGCGAUUUUAAAGGCUUUGCAAACAGCUUGGAACCAGACCAGACGCCGAGUCGGCGCCUGGUCAGGUUCCAAGCUGUUUGCCACUCAGUCAAUAUAUCCCCAAAGUUUUAAGUAAAUUGAAAGAAAUUUAGAAUAAACCAGACGACAUUUUUGAGCAGAAGACAAUUUACCCAGCAUGCAAAGGGCUAAGAUAUUUCCUUUUAUCCGUUCUUAUGUAUUAUUUGGCCUUUCUGCCAAAGCCUGUUUGAUACGUCUUAAUAUUCAUGCCUUGGCAGAGGUUGCAUUUGCUAUAAGCAUGUUAGUAUGUUGUUAUGCAAACAAAGAGUAAUUUUGAUUAUCCCAGUAUAACAUUUUUAUACCCAAUGCCAAAACAGAUAAAAAAGUCAAGCAAUAUUUUGGCUCUUUUCUAACUGGGGAAUUCAUGGCCACGUAGCCAUUAAUUGAAUACCCCAUUUUUAAAGGCUAAUAUCCAUAAUUGUAGACCGAUCAUUUUCGCUUCUUUUUAUCAUUAUUUAAUCACAGUUGCUAGAUAAUCUUUGAUUUAUUGGUAAGUAUAUGAUACAGUACUGGGCCGAUUUUUCAAAACUUGUUGAAGUUAGAAACGUUCUAAACGUCAUCGUUGUUAAACUGCAAAUCGUUACUGCGCUGUAAAUCUAAGGGACAUACAUAAUGAUCUGAAAUUUGUCCUACAAGAUUUGCCGUUCUUGCUUAAUUAUAGCAAUAUCAGCUCAUCAUAAAAAACGUCAUGUUUAAAAUUUAACAACGAUGUCGUUAAUGACGUUUUGGGCAUAUUAAUAAAAGUGGUAUUCACACGUGUUGUAAUAUAUUUUUAAAUUUUUGUCUUUAAAUCUGAAUAUUUUGGGCAUAUCAAUAAAUAGUGGUAUUCAGUUAAUCAAUUUUUAAUUGCUGUUGUAACAUGAUCUUUGUGUGAAUAAUAAACUUUAAUCAAUUUUA